GUGGACGACCUCAUCACCUUCGUGCUCGACGAGGAGGGGCAGACGAGAUGCUCUCCCGUGGGUUCAAGGACCAGAUCUACGACAUUUUCAAGACCCUGCCGCCCAACGUGCAGGUGUGCCUCUUCUCCGCCACGAUGGCCCCGGAGAUCCUGGACCUGACCACCAAGUUCAUGCGCGACGCGGUGCGCAUCCUCGUGAAGAAGGACGAGCUGACGCUCGAGGGUAUCCGGCAGUUCUACGUGGCCAUCGAGAAGGAGGAAUGGAAGCUGGAUACGCUGUGCGAUCUGUACGAGACCCUGACCAUCACCCAGGCGAUCAUCUACUGCAACACGCGGCGCAAGGUGGACUUCCUCGCCGACCAGCUGAGCAAGCGGGACUUCACGAUCUCCACGAUGCACGCGGAGCUCGACCAGAAGGAGCGCGACCUCGUCAUGCGCGAGUUCCGCUCCGGGUCGUCCCGCGUGCUCAUCUCCACCGAUCUGCUGGCGCGCGGCAUCGACGUGCAGCAGGUGUCCCUGGUGAUCAACUUUGACUUGCCCCAGAACAUGGAGAACUACUUGCACCGCAUCGGGCGCAGCGGCCGUUUUGGCCGGAAGGGCGUGGCGAUCAAUUUCGUCACCAACAACGACGUGCGCACGAUGAAGGACAUCGAGCGCUACUACCACACUCAGAUCGAGGAGAUGCCCAUGGACAUCGCAGACCUGAUCUGA